AUGCCCCCCCUCCCCCUCCCCCUCCCCCUCCCCCUCCUCUCCCCGCUUCUCUACACCAUACUACUCCUCCUCCUCCUCCUCCCCGCCCUCGCCGCAGCAGGCACAGGCACAGGCACAGGCACAGGCACAACCUCCACAUCGCUCUUCUGCAAAUGCACGUGCCUCACAAACUCAACGCUCAUCCCCAUCCCGUCGUGCACCGACUGCAACCGCUCCUUCUGCCGCGACUACAACCUCCCGUUCUGUAAAGGCGUCGAGGACGAUGAUGUGGUUACCACGUGUUUCCAACGCGACUCGGCCAAAGAUCAAGCCGUGGUGCUGAUCUUUAUCGUCGCGACGGUGGGGCUGCUGGUGUAUGCGCUUGUGCGCCCGUGGGUUGCGAGAUGGGUUGAGGCGGCGAGACAGCGCAGAUCCUACACGCCGUUACCGGGCGAAUAG